AGAGGAUAGGUUUUUAAAGCUGAAGGGUCCGUUUGGUUGUGGAGGAACCUCAGAUCUGUUAGUCAUCAGAGGUUCAUUCUCUGAGUGAAGGUGCUGAGGAUGGCAGUGCGGAUGGUGGUGCUGUGGUUGCUGGGUACUCUGCUGUGUCAGGUAUGGAGCUCUGCAGAAACCCAUCAGAAGGAGGAAGAACUGCAGCUUCAGGCUGUUUACCCGUGGCGAAAACACAGCAGUGGAAUAGUGAGGGUGAAAAGAGACUGGAUCAUCCCACCAAUCAGGGUCCUGGAAAACAGCAAGCAGGUUCCUGAAGACCUUGUCCAGAUCAAAUCGGACAAAAUCUUUACAGGUGAGGUGAUCUACAAGUUAGAAGGACCAGGAGUGGACCAGGAGCCUAAGAACCUGUUUGAGAUUGAUGAUAAAACAGGAGUAAUCAGGAGCAAACGGCCGCUGGACAGAGAAAAACACAACAGCUUCACCCUUAAAGCCUUUGCGUUGUCACCCAGUGGAGAGAGACUUGAAAAUCCUACGACCAUAGAGAUAGUGGUGCUGGAUCAGAAUGAUAACAGACCUGCUUUCACCCAGAAACAGUUCGAAGGCACUGUCUCAGAGUUCUCAGUUCCAGGCACAUCAGUGAUGUCAGUGUUGGCCACAGAUGCAGACGACCCAAUGACAGAGAACGCUGCUCUGAGCUACUCCAUCAUCUCCCAGGAAAGCAUCCCUGCCAGUGCUGUCACCAAGACAAUGUUUGGCAUCAACAACCAGACUGGAGCUAUUUACACAAGAGAUGUAGGCCUGGACCGAGAGGUUGUGAAGAGUUUCAGAUUAAAACUACAGGUGGCUGAUAUGGGGGGUAUGGGUCUGACAAGUGAAGGCGUGGCAGUCAUACACGUAUCUGACAUCAACAAUAACGCUCCUCAGUUCAGCCCUGCCCAGUACCGUGUGAUGGCAGUGGAAAACAGGCAGGACUAUGAGAUCGGACGGGUCAACGUGACAGACAAAGACGAUCGUGGAACAGGAAACUGGGAGGCAAAAUACUCCAUAAUCAAUGACCUCAACAGAAACUUUGCCAUCAAUACAGAUCCAUUCACCAACCAGGGCGUUCUGACCGUGGUGAAGGCCUUGGAUUAUGAAACGCAACACGAGUAUGUCCUGAUUCUGUCUGUAGAAAAUCUCAAUCCCCUGAGCACUAAGGCCCCCAACCUCCCAGUGAGCACCGCUACAGUAACAGUGACUGUUGUGAAUGAAAACGAAGCCCCACAUUUUAGGGAGGACCCCUUACAGAUUGUGGUCCCUGAGUCUGUGGUUCCUGGAACAUUACUGAAAGCCAACAUUGCCUAUGAUCCUGAUCAUUCAGACCUAAGGUAUGAGAUUAGCAGAGAUCCUGAGAAGUGGUUGGACAUCGACAGGAACACAGGAGACAUUAGUGCAAGAAGAACCUUUAACAUGCGAUCUCCACAUGUUAAAAACAACAUCUACACGGCUGUUGUCAAGGUUACAGACGCUGGCGGUGUGUCAUCCACUGCCACACUGGAAAUCAUGCUGAAGGAAACCAAUGACUUCCCCCCUCUUCUCUACCCGCUGAGUGGAACUGUAUGCAGAGACGCUGCAGAGAAAAACUCUGGUCUAGUUCUGUCUGCUGUGGACGAAGACUUUCCUCCACAUGCUGCGCCCUUCACCUUUGAAAUACCUGAUGAUAUGUCAACCAACUGGACAGUCAUUCAAGUCAACAGUACUCAUGCUUUGCUUCAGCCUCUUGUGGACCUGGAGGUUGGAGAGUACGCUGUCACCAUGUUGGUGUCGGACUCUGGAAGUCCAGUGCUCAGUGCUUAUGCUCAGGUCAACGUUACCGUGUGCAUCUGUGACUCUUAUGGAGACUGUAAAUCUGAGGUGGCAGCGAUUUUUGGCUCCAGUGUGGGAAUCAGCUUCAUCGCACUCAUAAUCAUCAUGGCCAGCAUCGCACUUCUGCUAUUGCUGCUCCUCCUGGCUGUGGCUGUGACCUCCUGUGGAAGACGCCAUCAUAUUAAGAAGGGAACAGGUCUGCUAGUGGGAGACUCUGAAGACGACAUACGGGACAACGUCCUCAACUAUGAUGAGCAAGGAGGAGGAGAGGAGGACGAGAAUGCCUUUAAUAUCGACAUGUUGUGGAAUCCACACGAUGCCCCUUCGACCCCUGGCUCCUACUGCCCUGUGUCUGGAUAUCCUCGGGGGAAGCAGCCACUCAGGAAGGACGCCCCCCAUAACCUGCCUUCACCCACCUACCCACGGAGGCCUCCCGCAGACCCCUCUGACAUCGAGGACUACAUCAAUGAUGGUCUGGAGGCAGCGGACCAUGACCCUAACGUGCCCCCGUACGACACAGCCCUGAUCUAUGACUACGAGGGGGAGGGUUCUCUGGCCGGCAGCCUCAGCUCCAUCGCCUCAGGCAGCUCUGACGAAGACCAGGACUACGACUACCUCAACGACUGGGGACCACGCUUUCAGAAACUGGCCAACAUGUACGACCCACGUUAAACAGACACACUAAAUGAAGCCCUGUGUGAAUCAGCACCAGUUUAGAGACACAGAUUUUGCCUUGGGUGUUUGUCUGGACACAUUUGAUGACGUUGUAAUGCAGGACCUGAUGGGAAGCGAGCUGAGGAAUAAUGAAUCGAUGCCAUGUAAAAGCCGUGGGUCUUAAAUCUAAUGUGCCUAAGGUUAUAUCAAAGAUUGUUUGGACACAACUGAUGAAACACUAAUGACUUCUUUAACUGUUUGGUGUAUGUCUCAGGAGAAUUCAGUGUAAAGGUUAAGUGUUGAAGUGAUCGGCCAUGAAGACAGAAGCUGUGCAUGCUGCAACACAAACCGUGGUAACCCAUGUUGUGUUGAAAUGUGUCCUUUUUGUGUAUCCUCAGACUUGGUUUGCUCAGAACUGAUGCACAUAAGUCUGGGAUACAAAGAAAAUCCUUGUAAUGUAUUUCAUUUUUUUUUACACAAGUGAUUAUUUUAUAAUUUGCUUUGAUAUUGAUUUUCUUCUGUUUUUUCUUGUGAUUGUAAGUCCUCCAUUCCAGUAUCUUUGAAUCUUUUUUGUGAAACCGUACCACGCAACACAAAACGUUACUCAAUAACGCGACAGGCAGUGAGUCCUCUGUGAUCAGUUUGGAGGUGAUGUUUUUUUAGUUUGCAUUUUAUUUCAGAUUUUACGGAUGUCUACAGA